AAUACCCUUCAGAUGGGAGAAAAGCUACUAUCUAAAUUAGUACGAAGCUUUCAACAACAACCAAAUGAAUUUGUUGUUACACUUUAUGAGCACAGAAACGACAUCCUUUAGGCCAAUACAGAAUUGCUAGACAGUAUAUAUAUUUGUUGUUGUAUGAAUUAUUCCCCUAGUUUACCUGCCUUCUUUCUAACUAAUCACCAAAGAAAGAUCCAAGUCCAACACAAAGCGGUUCUGCAUCAUACAAGACCACCACUCUCCGAUUCACUCAACCACCAUUCAAGCUCAAGCUGAAGCUCAACUAUCUCGUCGGGAAUUAUUCAAAGCCAAACUCCCUUUGACAGACCUCACUUAUGGAGUGAUAUAGCCAACAUAAUCGUCAUUCUCGUUUGAUCAUACUUCAUCGAACCUCGCACGGCGCACAUACUAUUCACGGUGCCGAGACCCCUCAGUUUGCGACCAUUUGUUGUGCAACCAGGACGUUCACUUACUUACACAGAGUGGGCGAAAUACUUCAAUUGAUCGCAAUCAUGGAUACUUCUGGGGUUUGGAAUACUCAGGACCCUACUUUGUCCGUCCCCUCUCAAGAUGACUUUCAGCAAUUCCUUGAUCUAAAUAUGCACAAUAUGGCCGGUGGUCUACAGUUCGACUUCGAUUUCAACCAGCAACAGUCGCAAAAUGAACAAAUGAUGCAUCAAGAUGGGAUGGAUUCAAUGAAUACAGGAAUGGCUGGCAAUCACCAAGUUAGGCUCGAUGGGUCAAUGCACGAGCAUAUGUCUUCAAUGACGACAUCUUCUAGCCAUUCAGCUAUACUCGGAACUCCAGUGGUACAUCCACAUACUUCUGCUGAAAGGUUAACACACUUAGAUGCGCAAAUUCAGUAUCUACAACAGCAGAAGCAUGAGCAGCAGCUACGUCAGUCGCAGGAACAGCAGCGGAACUUUUAUGUCCAGAGUAGAAUGAUUCCGCCAACACCAAAUAGUAUGGAAAUACAUGGUGCCAAUCAACAUUUUUACUCUCAAGCAGAACAGCCGCCAUCUGUGUUUGAGCCUUAUCGUCUAAGGGAGCAAGAGGUUAGUCUGGUUAAACCUUACUUCGACAUUCAUGUCCAUCGAUUUUACACAUUUCAAUACAUGUGAGAAUGGUUGCUAAUUUAACAUAUUAGAUGGCUUUCACUCCACUCGUGUCGCCAGCUGUUACUCCCUUGGAAACUCAUUUCAACAUCCCUGAUUACACUGUCCCCGGAGCGUAUUUCAGUCCUUUGAGUUCCCCUGCUUUGCACGCCCAAAACGACCAUCAAGCUAUAUUUGACCAUCGUCAUUCGGGGUCAACGAACUCACCAAUUGACAUGAAUGGCGACUCACAUUCUGCGCCGGUAAGCUCUAUAAUUCCACCUCGCAAGCCUCCCCGGAAGUCUGUGGCACCAAAACCUCGCGUCAACACUCGUGUAGUUCGACAAUCGCCAAUUGUCAAGCCAAAUCGAGGUAGAAAAAGCAUAAGCAUGAGUGCUCAAGCCCUGGGAGAAAUUAUUGAGCCUUCAAAUUCUCAAGCAUCUCAAUAUAAAGGAACUGGAUCAACAAAUUCAGCAGCAAGCACUGAUCAUUCUGAGAGUGGCUCAAUAUCUCCUGAGCAUCUAUCAGAUAUGGCGCCUCCACCAUUACCGAGCUCGGCUGGAAGGUCACCCUACGUCGUUGCACAAAAGGAUAAUGUUAAAAAUAAAUGGCUUCCUAUUGGGUCACCUGCCACGCCAGCAUCACUGAUGAGAAUCACAAAAUCUCCUAGUGCUGGUGAAUCGUCACUGAAUCGGGAAAUGGAACUUGACGAUCCAGCUUUGGACGGGUUUGAAUUGCCAGAAGCUGCAAAUACUGUAAGACCUACGUUACCUCGUAUUGACACACAGUCCGACGGACAAAUGACACCAACUUUGAGCUCCACAGGAUCUAAAACUCCUGGAUUUCAACCUUUACCUUCGCCAGUAGUUGGACGUCCUGGAGCAGCAACAUCCGCUAGUCAAAGCCCUCAGAUAGAUGCCAUGAACGGGACGAUCGGAGCCGCGCGCAAAACGCCACAAACCCUAGCACGGAGCGCCAAAAAGAGGGCGAGCACUUCCGUUCUUGCCUCUCCAGCCCUUCUCCCCAAGAUCUCUCCUAGCAUAAAGCCGUUACUUCCUGGCAGUUCAUCUAUCCACGACGAAGCAACUGCUUCCCUUCUACUUGCAUCGAAGUCAAAUUAUCAAAACAUACUUGAAGGAACUCAUCUUCCUGGUGUUUCGUAUCCUUCGGAACUAUCAACCAAUUUAACAUCAAAACGGACUUCUCAUAAACUUGCCGAGCAAGGAAGACGAAAUAGGAUCAACUCAGCACUUACAACACUGCAUGAUAUGAUACCUUCCGAAUACUACCCCCGCGGGAAAACCAAGGAUUCUUUAGCAGACAAAAGUGGUAGUGGCGAUGCCGGGGAACCCGAAUCCGCAGGCUCAAAGAACGGUCAAAGUGCGAGUAGUAAGGCUGCUACAGUGGAAGUUGCCAUUGAAUAUAUUAGUCACCUGGAAAAGGUCUUGGCUGAGGCGAACAAAAGAGCCGAAGAAGCCGAACAAAAACUUGUGGAAAAGGAGAAGCAAUAGUUGUAGUUUUAAUUUUCGGAUCGAUAAUUCUUACUACGUUUCUCUUCCUCUGGGAAGCGAUAUUGGGGAUUCAUGGGCUAUGAAAUGGAGUUAAUGAUACCUGAGCACGAAGGGUUCAGCUGUCACGGCUGGAUGCAGAUCAGGGGAAGAUACAAAAGUUUAAUGAUGGGAUAAUUAAUGCGGGGGAAGUUGCUGGGGAGGUAUUUGAUAUGUAUUUUAUUAUAUAGAUAUUCAGUAUAUACUACUCAUUCGAUAAGGUAAUAUGAUUAGCCCUGGGGUUUUGAUAAUGG